AUCGGCCCGAGUCGACGAGCCCUGCCGGCGCCGUGCGGUCCCCUCCGUCGCCCCGGUCCCUCUAGUCCCUCCGGUCCCGUGGUCCUCCUCGACCGCCAUGCUCCGUCCCGUGCUGCUGCUGGCCCUGGCGGCUGCGGCGGCGGCCGUCGGCACCUACCCGGGCUUCACGCUGAAGCCGGUGUUCUCAGAGAUCGGCCUGCCGUCUCUGUACAAACCCCAGUACUCCCUCGGCGGUUUGUACGGAUAUCUGCAGCAGGCUGAUAUCCCUAAGACCCAGUUUGUGUCUCGCGUCCGCAAGUACGGCCCCUAUAUCAGCCGUACCGUUCUGCCGCUUACGAAGCAAUACAAGGGCGUGCUGGCGGACCUUCUGCAGCUGGCGGUGGUCCGCUACUACGGCUGUGAGCCCGUCAUCAACAAAAAGGUCCCGCUGUCCACCUACUUCGGACGCUACGUCAAGAAGACCAAGAUUCCAUCGCCGUACCGCUACAACACCAAGUACGUCCGGACUUUCCUUGAUGGCUUUAAGGUCUACCUGCGCCGGCAUCUGCAGCGGCCGCAGAAGAUCUCGAUCCCCAGCCUUCCUCCCAAAGACAUCUUCCCCAUCUUCCCCGUUCGGCCUCCCAAGCCCUCCUACCCCGGGUACGAGAUCCUGGCCACGCUGAAGAGCCUUGGACUGCCGCCCCUGGUCAACCCUAGGGCCUCUCUGGGUGGCAUCGUCGCCUACUUGAAGGUGGUUGGAGUCAGCAAGACUACCUUCAUCAGCCGUAUCCAGGUCUACCGCCAGGCCAUCAUUAAGGUCGUGCUGAAGUACAAGAAAAUCUACACGGGCUACAGGCUGGACCUUCUCCAAGUGGCCGCUCUCCGCUACUAUGGCCUCAAAAAGAACACCAAGUACGAAGUUAGCUUCGGCUACGCUCUGCGCAAGAUCCUCAAGCCUUCCAUCAGGAUCAAGUACAGCGUGACCUACGUGAGGCAGUUCCUAAUCCGCUUCAGCCGCGUCCUGGUCGCAGUCCCGUACCCCGGCUACAGUCUGCUCCCGGUCCUGCGCGGGAUCGGUCUGCCCAAGCUGUACCGACCCAAGUACGCCGUGGGAGGUAUUGUGGCCUACCUGAAGAUCAAGAAAAUCAGCCAGGUUACAUUCAUCGCGAGGAUUAAGAAGUACAGACUGAAGAUCAAGAAGAUUGUUCUGAAAUACAAAAGGCAGUACAAGGGCUACCAGCUGGACCUCGUGCAGAUUGCCGCCCUUCGCUACUACUGCAUCUCCAAGAAGUCGAAGUACUCAGUCAGCUUCGGAUACGCUCUCAAGAAGACUAUCAAGCUUUCAAUCAGGCAGAAGUACAGCAUCAAGUACGCGCGAAUCUUCCUGGAGCGGUUUAGCAAGGUCCUGGUCACGCUGCCGUACCCUGGCUACAACCUGAUCCGCGUCUUCAGAGGCAUUGGACUGCCGAAGCUGUACAGGCCCAAGUACAGCGUUGGAGGACUUGUUGCCUACUUGAAGGUGGUCAAAAUCAAGCAGGUGACCUUCAUCAGUCAGAUCAACAAGUACAGCACUUCUAUUCGGCAGCUGGUUCUGAAGUACAAGAAGCAGUACUCUGGAUUCCGCGUCGACCUGCUGCAGCUGGCCGCCCUGCGGUACUACGGAAUUAAGCAGGACUACUCCGUGAAAUUCAUCGUCGCCUUCAGGAAGGCUCUGGUUCCUUCGUUCAAGAUCAGCACACGCAGCAUCAAGGCCUUCCUCGUUCGCUUCAGCAAGUACCUGCUGAAGCCGGCUUACAUCAGCCCCGCCUACAAGCCUCGUCCGGCCACCUACCCGGGCUACCAGCUGAAGCCCCUGCUAACCACCGUGGGCCUGCCGAAGCUGACCAAGCCACAGUACUCUCUGCCUGGCCUGGUGGGAUACCUGCAGAGUAACAAGUACCCGCUGCCAUCUCUUGUAGGACGCAUCCAGAAAUACGGGCCCAAGAUCAGGUCGACCGUCUAUCGCUACAGGCCGAACUACUCGGGAGUCCUCACGGACCUUCUGCAGCUGUGUGCCAUCCGCUACUACUCGCUGCCCCCGGUCAUCAGGAGCAACGUGGGCUUCGGCAGCACCUUCCAGCGCUACAUCCGCUCGCAGAAACUUUCGAGGCAAUACAGUCCGGCGUUUGUCAAGAAGUUCUUGAGCGGAUUUAUCAAAUACAUCCGCAAAAACAAGUUCCAAAAGUAUUCUGGUAAAUGGUGGUAAUGGAUUUGUGGUACAAAAUAUUUCCAAGAAAUAUUAUUGCACUUAUGAAUGAUCUUCAUUUUCUUCUCUGUCCCUCCAAGACGUCUAUCAUCGCAUCAUGACUUCAUUAUUUUUUUCGGACCAAGUAUUGCACAGUGCUGCAUACGAUGUUUUUGGUAUCUAUCAAUAUAACUUUUGUUCAGAACA